GAGGUCGCGGUCCUAAAGUCAGAAGUCUCUUGAUCUUGAGCCAUAAUCUUGAGAGAAUGGAAUAUAUUGAUUAUAUUUGUUGAAUUACAAUACAAAAAAAAUAUUUUUAAAUACCAAAAUGUUCUCACGCUCCAAAUAUCUUGUUUCACGAGUUCUACCUUUAAAGAAUGCAUUUAAGUUGGAAUAUCAAAAUGAAGCUCGCGUAUUGUAUAGAAUCGCUACAGUGAGACACCGCUCGACUUCGCCGCUUAAUACCAUCAUAAUGUUUGUUCCACAACAAGAGGCUUGGAUAGUGGAACGCAUGGGAAAAUUUCACAGGAUACUUGAGCCGGGAUUGAACCUGCUUUGGCCAAUAGUGGAUAAAAUAAAAUAUGUACAAAGUCUCAAGGAAAUUGCCAUAGAUGUGCCGAAGCAAAGUGCUAUAACCUCUGACAAUGUUACAUUGAGUAUUGAUGGCGUAUUAUAUUUAAGGAUUAUUGAUCCAUACUUAGCAUCUUAUGGUGUAGAAGACCCGGAAUUUGCAAUAACACAGUUAGCUCAAACCACUAUGAGGUCUGAGCUGGGAAGAAUAUCUCUUGAUAAAGUUUUUAGGGAGAGGGAGUCCCUUAAUGUUUCAAUAGUACAUUCAAUUAAUAAAGCAAGUGAAGCAUGGGGCAUCACUUGCCUCAGAUAUGAAAUCCGUGAUAUAAAACUACCAAAUAGAGUACACGAAGCUAUGCAAAUGCAAGUGGAAGCUGAGCGUAAGAAAAGAGCAGCCAUAUUGGAGUCGGAGGGAGUUCGCGCAGCAGACAUUAACGUAGCGGAAGGAAAGAGGCAGGCGAGGAUAUUGGGAUCUGAGGCCGAGAAGCAGGAACAAAUCAACAAGGCAUCUGGGGAGGCUCAGGCAAUGCUAGCGGUUGCAGAGGCGAGGGCGCGCGGUCUUAAACUCGUCGCAGGCGCCCUAUCAUUACCGGAAAGUAACAACGCUGCUUCGCUGAUGGUAGCAGAGCAAUACGUGUCAGCCUUCAACAAGUUGGCAAGAACCAACAACACUCUAAUACUGCCAGCCAAUGCCGGAGACGUCUCAAAUCUAGUUGCUCAGGCUAUGUCAAUAUAUUCAACUGUAACAGCGCAUAAUAAACAAGUUCCACACGGUGAACCAAUAAUACCUGAGAUAAUGUCCGAAGAUCCAAUGUACAAACUGUCACUCAAUGAGAAAAGCACAACAUUCGCAGGCCAGCCAGUCCCCAUCGAGGAUGAAAGUUUAGCAGAAUACUACUCAGAUGAUGAAGAGAGACAGAAAGCGUUACAGGCCCAGAAAGAAAAGAAACAACAGAUAGCGUUGGAGAAGGAAACGUAAAUCAUAUGUCAUGAAUUGGUUUGUUGAAUAAAACUAUAAAUUGAA